AUGUUGAGGGGGAGAAUUGGUAAAUGGACUCUGGCCCUGUCAGAAUUUGCUUUCAGAUAUGUUCCUCAGAAAUCCAUCAGAGGGCAGGCUGUUGCAGAUUUCUUAGCAGAUCAUCCAAGAGAAGAAAUUGAGAAUAUGGAUUCCAUGAAUAUAGCCAAUGCAGACUUGCUAACCAUAGCUCACACCUGUCUCAAUAAUCCCAUUUACUUAGUCCAUCUCACCCCCUGGAAGCUAUACUUUGAUGGAUCUAAAAUAGACUUAGCCUCUGGGGCAGUGAUUGUUUUAGAAGAUCCACUAGGAAUCAAACACUGUUAUUCAUUCCAGCUAGACUUCCAGUGCACCAACAACAGAGCAGAAUAUGAGGCCUUGAUCAUAGGCCUUGAAAUGCUAGUAGAACUAAGAGUUCAAUCUGUGGAAAUUCUGGGAGAUUCCAUGCUCGUAUUAAAACAAAUUGCUGGAGAAUACAAGUGUUUGAGUCCCUCCUUGGCUGUCUAUUUGGUGCCAGCCAGAAAUCUCCUGGCAGAAUUCAGGGACGCCACUUGGGAACAUGUUCCAAGAGAGGAAAACCUUGCAACCAAUGAGAUGGCUCAGAUAGCAACAGGAGUACAGAUGCUUGAAGACUGUGUACAGAGAAUCAUCAAGGUAGGAAAGAAAAGUCUGCCAUCAGUUUUGACCAGAGAGAUGGAGAUAUGGAUGCCAUGA